AUGAAACGAUUUAUGUUGGUUCUUUUCUUAAUAUCUGGUAAAUUAUCAGAGUAUGCCAGGUCCAAUAUGACAGAGCCUAAGAAUCUGCUGAGAAAUAUUAAGUUUAGUAACGAGGAAGAGGACAGUGAUAGCCAUAAGGAUACUUUUACUCGUUCAGAAGAGAAGAAAUCGUUAAUGGGUGAUAUAGAUGAGAAAAGAGAGAUCGUUUAUCCAGUUCAUAGUCAAUAUGGGGAACCUCAAUUAAGUAUCAUCCCUCCUUCUGGUCAUUAUAUAACAAGUUUAUGCUCCGAAAAAUGGAAAGUACCUUUGAAUUGCAUCCCGAUAUCAGAGAGAAUGAAAAGAGUCAAAGAUUCGACGCUUAUUACAUGUGAAAAUGAAGUGAUGCAUUUAAAAUGCGAUGACGGGUUGGUUAUAAAUAUUAUAGAUGCUGACUGGGGCAGAUUUGACAAAACCACCUGUGGAAAAUUCCUUGACAUAGAGAAAAACUGUUCAGGCAUAGGUGAUACUUAUAAGAGGGUGAGAGACAGAUGCCAUGGUAAGUUUUCUUGUAAAAUAAUGGCUAAUGUCAAGGAAUUUGCGGACCCUUGUAGGUAUAUUGAGAAGUAUUUAGCAGUGAAAUAUACUUGUGUACAAUCUAAUAUCGUAAAAAGAGUUAUUGUUUGUUGGGAGCAAUUCUCAGACUUUAGUUGUCCAGCAGAGUCAUUGAUAUUCAUCAGGUCUGUAUUAUAUGGAAGAUCAAAACAUGACUAUUGUAACUACGGGAUCUCCGAUACGCAGUGUUCAUCAGAGACUAUUCUGGACCAAGUCAGUGCUGGAUGUGACUAUACAAGAAGAUGUACUUUACGCCUAAAUACAGAAUAUUUUGGCGAUCCGUGUCCGAAUUUAAAAAAGUAUAUGGUAAUUGAUUACUCAUGCGUUGAAGGUGAAACUGAAAUAAUAAACAAAAGAACCUGCCAAAAUGAUACAAUGAAAAUAAAAUGCCAAAAUAGAAAAACAAUUCAUAUUACCGAAGCAUUUUACGGUAGAUCACAUCCGUAUAUUUGCAGUGAACAUUAUGGAGUGCGAGAGGAAAAAGAACACUGUCUCUCUUUAAACAAAACCUCAAUCCUUAUAAACAGGUGUGAGGGAAAAGAAUCUUGUAAAAUUAAAGCUGAUCUAGGAUUGUACUGUGAACCAUUCAGUAACUAUUUAUCUGUCGAUUAUAUGUGUAAAGAUAAGCCGGUUGCUCCUAAAGAAGAGGAGUUUGUUAUUUCACCAGGUGCAAUCGACAUUGUAGCCAUAACACAGAAUAAUGCUAGCUUCAUAAUUCCCGAUAUAAAAAAUAGUAGUUUAUAUGUAAUACAAGUAAGGAAUGCCAAAGAUCUUACAUGGGUUAGUGUAAGUACUACCAAAAUAAGAUCGAUCAGCGGAUUGCGAACGAUUGGAAACCUUCAACCAAACCGUUCAUAUGACAUCAGAGCAACUUUGAAAUUUUGUUCCUGUUGUAUGAAAAUGUGUGUUCCCUUUACAAGAUUCACGACACAAGAGGAAGGGUCAUCAAAAUCUACACCCAUACCUUUUUACUCAUAG